CACGAACACAGAGGCACAGUGGUGCGCACCCCGCUCGCUGGGCGUGCCUUUGUCAUUACCGCAGUAGUAUCUCUCGUCUCGUUGCUGGCAAUGCUUGCUCGCUCGCGCAGUCAGCUCUUCCUCGCGAUCACCACCACCUCCGCCUUGUCGCUGUCCCGCUGCGUGCCGCCCUCGUCCCGCGCGCCGGUGCUGCACCGGCGCUCGGCCGGCUCGGCCGUAUUCAUGCAGGCUGGCGCGGCAGCCGGAGGCAAGCGCGCCGCUCGGCGGAGGCGCGGCCAGCCUCAGCCGGCGUCGCACGCGCCGGCGGCAUCGGCGCAGUCGCCUCCCACUGGGCUCGCGAGCGGCCCGGCGGGCGAGUUUGCAGGCUCGCUUCGUGCGUGCGUCCGCAACAAGCAGCCGCACAAGGCGCGUGAGCUGUACGACGCGGCCGACGGCGCGGUCCUGCCGGUGGGCGAGAGCUACGCCGCGGUGAUGCGCGCGCUGCUCAAGCUGUCUCGUGUCGACCUCGCGCUGCAGCUGCACCGCGACCACACGCACGCGCACCCCUUGCUCGCGGACGGCAACACGACCGCCGUGCUCUUCUCUCGGCUGCUCCGGCGCGGCACCUCCGCCGCGGCCGACGGGGUGGCCGAGGCGACGGCGCUGCUCGCGGACAUCGACGCGCGCUCGCCGCCGCCGCGUGACACGUGCUCUGCGCCGCCCUCUCCCGCCUCCCAAACGGCGAGGCUUGCAGACGCGCUCGCCGGCCAAGCGCCCCUCUGGGUCGCUGCGAGCCGGUCGAUGCUGCCGGCUCUCGCCCUCGAGCAGCUACGGCGCGGCGACGCGCCGGCGGCCGAGGCGGUGGCGCUCAGGUUCGCGCGCACGGCUCGCGCGGCUGCGGCGGCGGCUCCUCCCCUCGAGACACUCAAGGCUCUGACGCGCGCGUUUGGCAAGGCGCGUUGCGUGGGCGGCGUCUACGCCUGCCUCGAGGCGGCCGAGAGCGGCGGCAUCGCUCCCGACGCAGAGCUGCUGCAGGUGCUCGUCGACGCGCUCGUCCACGCCGUGCGCUUCGUCAAGGGCGGCGUCUCGAUGGAGACCCUGCCCACCGGCGGCCUCGCCGAGGUCGCUUUCGUCGGCCGCUCCAACGUCGGCAAGAGCUCGCUCGUCAACAUGGUGCUCGGACGGCGCGCGAUCGCGUACACCUCAAAGACGCCGGGCAAGACGCAGCAGUACAACUACUUUGCCGUCAACGAGGGGCGGGCAGUCGGCUCGUUCCACCUCGUCGACAUGCCCGGCCUCGGCUUCGCUAAGGUCGCGGCGCCGCUCCGCGCGCGCUGGAACGCCUUCCUCUCCGAGUACUUUGCGUCGCGGAGAGAGCUGCGGAUGGUGGUGCACCUCAUCGACUCGCAGGUGCCGCUUCAGGAGACAGACGUGUCAAUCAUGCAGAUGGUUGGAGCUGCCGUGGCCGCGCGCUCCGAGCAGGAGGGGAGUGGGCUGGCACCCCCGCUGGACUACGCGGUGGUGCUGACCAAGGCGGACAAGAAUGACGGCCGGGUGAGCAGCCGGACAGUGGAUCAGGUGCGGCGUGCGCUGGAGUCGGCGGGCUGUCCUGCUGCGACACCGCUCGUGCCCUCGAGCGCCAAGACGAGGAUGGGCCGCGAGGCGGUGUGGAUGCUGCUGCGGGAGGUGAUGAGCGAGGUGAGGCUGGAGGAGUCGUGAGAUAUGUCAAAAACAUCAGCAGCAGGUGCAGAGCUGUGGCACAGCUCACACAG